AUGAAUCAAACAUGUAAAAAGUGGAUUCAUCAUGGAGAGCUAGAUCUUUCUUCAGAUGAUGAAACAAAUGUUAGUGAAGAUUCAAGUUUAGCAAAUGAUGAUGUUCCAAUUUAUAAAAUGUUGCAUGAUAUAUAUCAUGGUGUUCCCAGAAAUAGUGAUGAGUUUAAUGACACAACUGAGUCUCCGAACAAAGAGCCUAAUACAGAAGCUAAGAGAUUCUAUAAGUUAAUGAAAGAUGCAGAAAAUCGAUUGUAUCCAAGUUGGGAAAAGUACUCCAAACUCUCUUUUAUAGUGCGUCUUUUUCAAAUGAAGUGUAUGCAUGGAUGGAGUAAUACUUCAUUUGACUCUUUGUUGAAAUUAAUUAGUGAUGCUUUACCUAAAGAAAAUGUGCUCCCAGAUUCUAUUUAUGAAGUUCAAAAGAUAAUAAAAGAUUUGGGUUUAGAUUAUGUGAAGAUAGAUGCAUGCGUUAAUAACUGUAUCUUAUAUAAAAAGGAAUAUGUGAAUCUUGAACAAUGUCCUAAAUGUGGUGAAAAAAGAUGGACAAUGAGAAAAGGAAAAGAUUCCAAUAGUGAAGUUGCUACGGGUAAUUUGAAUAACAAAAAGAAAGGAAUUUCUAGAAAGAUUCUUAGAUACUUUCCUAUUAUACCUAGAUUACAACGAUUGUUUAUGACUAAAGGAACCGCAAAAGAAAUGAGGUGGCAUAAGGAUGAACGAGUUGAUGAUGGAGUGUUACAACAUCCUGCUGACUCGUUGGCGUGGAAAAGUUUUGAUGAAAAAUAUCCAAAUUUUGCUUCAGAUCCUCGUAGCAUAAGACUUGGACUUGCUUCAGAUGGUUUUAAUCCUUUUGAUUCAAUGAGUCCUGGUAUGGAUAUUGACGUGUAUCUCCAACCUUUGGUUGAUGAUUUGAAAUUCUUAUGGGGGGAUGGAAUUGAGACUUAUGAUGCUUUUAUGAAAAAAAAAUUUCAAUUACAUGCUUCAUUGUUGUGGACAAUCAAUGAUUUUCCUGCUUAUGGUAUUUUAUCUGGUUGGAGCACUAAAGGUAAAUUAGCUUGUCCAGUUUGUCAUGUGCAUACUUGCUCUUCUUACUUGAAACAUGGUCGAAAGCAAUGUUAUAUGGGUCAUCGUAGGUUCUUGCAGAUGAAUCAUCCUUAUCAUCGAAAUAAAAGUUUUUUCGAUAAUACAAAGGAAGAAAGAAUUGCACCACAUGCUUUGAAUAGUGAAGAUGUGCUUGUUAAAAUUAAUACCUCUUUGCAAAGGUCUGCUGAUGACAAAACAAGAAAAAGAAAACGAGAUACUGAAAGACAUGAUAAUUGGAAAAAGAAAAGUAUAUUCUUUGAACUUCCAUAUUGGCAGACUUUAUUGUUGAGACAUAAUUUGGAUGUGAUGCACAUUGAAAAGAAUAUUAGUGAAAGUGUGUUAGGUACAUUGUUGGAUAUUGAAGGGAAAACAAAGGACACCCUGAAAUCUCGAUUGGACUUACAAGAAAUGAAGAUCAAAAAGUCCCUUCAUCCCAUAAAAAAGUGGGGAUAA